AUGGCGGCCGACGCAGCGGCGGCGGGGGUGCAGCUGCCAGAUUCGAGAGGCGUCGGGAAAGUACCGGCGUUCACAGGUAAGAGGGGGGACUUCGAAUAUUGGAUCUUCCCGUUCUGGAGUUAUUGUGGACUGCUGGGCUGGACAGCGAGGCUGGAACUGGCCAGAGAUGCAGAGAAGCCGUUCUCUGUUGAGCAUAUCGGCGAGCAAGGGGUGCAGGUCGGAUGGGGCCUGUACCAUCUCUUGGCGAGUACGACAGAAGUGGCGGCUCAGAGCAUCGUGAAGUUGUGCCAGAGAGGAGACGGCUUCGAAGAUCGCCAGGGCAAGGAGCGCUUCACAGAAGUGCCUGGAGCCUGGGGCGAGCUGAUCUCCCUCUAUGAGCGGGCGACGGGCGAAGAGGUCACGCAGAACAUGGAGACGGGCGCGAUCAUGGCGCGCGCGCCUGAUGACGUGACCAUGCCGCGGUCGGCGCAGCGAGACGCGCGAAUCGACAUCGCGCAGAUAAGGACCUGUAUCUUCGAGGCAGCGAUCGGUCAGAGCGGAGUGAUUGCGAAGCCACUGGCUGCCGGGCGAAGCAGCAGCGGCACGGGCGUCGACGCGAUCUCCAAGGGAAAAAGCAAACAGGGCAGCACGGACAAGUGCCAGCUUUGCAACGAGGCGAACCACGCGGCUCGAGACUGCUACUGGCGAGACAGACGAAAGCAGAAGAGUGGCGGCAAAGGGGGAGGCAAGGGCUUCGGCAAAGACGGCAAAGGCAAGGACAAGGUUAGUGCCGCGUUCACAGGGAAGUGCGACUACUGCCGCAAGGCGGGCCACAGGAAGGCAUAUUGCAGGAGGUUUCUAGCCGACGAGAAGGCCAAAGGGAACGCAGCGAUCGAGCAGGAGGAAGCAGAUCCGAAGACGGUAGCCCAUAUUGAGCACGCAGAUUUCGAGUACGAGGUCUGCGACGACGACCAGCUCGACUGCGUGACGAUGAAGGCCGAGGACGGUGACGCCAAGUGCUGCGGCGUGGACCUGGACGGGGCCACCUUCAUCGCGCUGGACACGGCGAGCGUCUGCCACGUCGGCCCGACCGCGUUCGGCGAUGGAUGCAAGCAGGGGGCAGAUUCUGGGCCGAGACUGCUGGGCGCGCAGAGGCAGGAUGUCAAGAUGGACACCAUCGCGUCGUUGCCGAUGGCCGUCGACGACGACAGCGAUCAGACGAAGUUGCUGAAGGCCGACUUCAGGCUGGGCGACGCGGUGUCAAAGCCGAUCUUCCCACUGCUCGAGGUAAUGGACAAGGGUGCGGAGUUCUGGCUCGGCGCGAUGAGUGGCAUGUGCGUGGGCCCAGGAGGUGACCUCGCCAAGGGCGUCCCGCUCAGCAGGCAGAACAACGCCCUGGGCUUCAACGCGAAGACCUUCAAUGCCGAUGGAGGCGGUGGAGUUCGCAGCCAGCGCGAGCGCGGGCAGGAGAUCGUCCUGCACCCAGACAGCCGCGUGGAGGACCUGCGGACUAGGCUCAAGGAGCUGGGGCAGCCGAUCUGCGGCAGGAAGACGCUCACCUUUGACCAGAAGGACACGGGCAGGGCGCAGAUCACCCUGGACUUCUGCUAUCUGAAGACCAACGGCGACUGGGCGGAUAUCGGGGGCGAAGAGCCGCCAGCGGCGGACAUCUCCGCGACGACGCUCGUGAUGGCUGACAGGGACACGCUGAUGUUCAACGCGGUUUCGAUGCCGACCAAGGCGGUCACUGACUACGCGGUGGCCAGCGUGAGCAGCUUCAUCGAAAGAAUGCAUCUCGCCGCGGCGGACAUCAAGACGAACGGGGAGCCGACGAUCCCUAACUUGGUGGAGGAGGUUCGCAAGAAGCUGAGCAAGAGCAUCAAGUUGGAGGAGAAGCGUGGGGGCCUGAAGGAUAGUCAGAGCACGGGCGCGAUCGAGGCGCCGAUCACAUUUUUUCAGGCGAAGGUGAGGACGUGCAAGUUCGACUUGGGGAAGCGCUACGGCAUGAAGAUCACAGCGACGCGCCGUGCCGACCUCCCGUGCAGGCAGAUCACAGCGACAUCGUUCAAGCACAACGGCGAGUCGAGCUUCGUGGAGGGCAUCUGGAUCGGGAAGCACAUGGGGCGCGACGAUCACUUGUUCCCGACGCUUGCGGGGUUGCAUCGCGCGAGGACCUGCGGGUGGCCGAGGCCAGCGCCGCGGGCUGACGCGAAGCUGAUGAAGGCGGCGAAGGCGCUGCCCUGGGGGGCACGGAGCGCCAAUCCGCGCGAGCUGCUACCCAAGAUUCAGCGACCUCUACCUACGAUCGGCCCGACGGCAGCGGCGCAGAAGGCGAAGACAGAGGCAGAGGCGGCAGCAGCGCCGGCGGCGCCGCAACGGGGCGCCCGACUAGGGGGCGCAAGCGGCAGCACCACCGGGGGCGCCAGCCGGACCUGGGGGGCGCAGCGGCGGCUGCCAGACCUCGGGAGGCAUGUUGACGCGAUCUGGCUGGGCGACCCCAUCGACUACAGCGUCCUGGACAGCAUGGGCACGGCGUCCUGCGUGGCGACCAGCGGCCUGGAGCCCGCGGUGGAGCUCAAAGGGAAGCGCGACGCGCUGGAGGUGCUGGCGCACUACGGCGUCCACGGGUCCAUCCCGAGGAGCGAGGGCGGGGAGUUCAAGAUGAUCGAGGCGCGCUGGGAGCCGCAGAUGCGCGGAGGCGUCUGCAAGUGGAGGUACGUAGCCCAGGAGUUCAAAUUGAUGGAGCAGCGGGGCGACGUUCGGGGCGAGCUCAUCAGCGCAGACAAGCAGGCCUAUUGCCAGGCUGACCAGGCGGAGAAGGUUUGCGUAGAGCCACCGCCAGAGUGCAUGGCGCUCCUGGCUGAGAUGGGCAGAUCGACCGACAUCGUCUGGGCUUUGGACAAGAUGUUGCCUGGACUGCGUGUUGCAGGCGCUGGGUGGGUAGACAAGGCUGCGAAGACACUCGAGGGCGAAGGCUUCGAGAGGUGCGAGUGCCAGCCGCAGUUCUACCAUCAUAAGGAGAAGGAGGUCCUGAUCGAGGCGACGGACGUCAUCAGGCAGGGGCGCCACUCUCACCUGAAGCGAGACAAGUUGAGGCUCAUGAGCGGCGGCGUGAUGCUCAGGCAGAACGUCAAGCACAUCGAGGACCUGAUCUUCGUGAUGGGCAUGGAGAAGGCGAAGCCCGCGACGGUGCCAAGCUUGACGGAAAAGGGCCCGACCUGGAGCCCCGACUUGGAUGACGCGGAGAAGGCGAAGUUCCGCACGGGUGUUGGGAUCCCUCUCUACAUUUUCCCCGACAGGGCGGACAUCCAGAAGGGGCGUGCAGUUGCUGGCGGCCGGCGGCGAGCAAGCUUGCAGAUGUUCACGGACGCCGACUUCGCAACAUGCAUGGAGACACGGAGGGCGAUGACCUGCGGCAUCACGAAGCUCGACGGGGCGCACUUCGCGGCGUUCGCGCGGAGGCAGGGAGCCCGGGCAACAUCGUCUGGAGAGGCGGAGUUCUACGGGGCGACCUCGGUGGUGAUGGGCGGCAAGCUGGCCAAGAACGUGCUGGAAUGGCUGGGCUACAGAGUGACGUGGGAGCUAGGGGUCGACAGCAGCGCGGCGACGGCAAUUAUCAACAGAGAAGGCGUUGGCAAGGUGAAGCACCUGGACGUCAUGGCGCUGUGGAUCCAGCAAGAGCGGAAGGUGCGCGGUCUCAUCGUGAAGAAGGAGAGCAGUGAGAAGAAUGUGGCCGACCUAGGCACAAAGGCCCACGCAGGGGCGCGGUUCGAGUGCCUGAGAGGACUGGCGGGCAUCGUCGAUAGCAGCGAAAUGGACAAGCACAAGGCGCUGGAGGCGUGCUCGGUGGCGGCGAGCGGGAGCUGGGCGAGGAGAGGCCUGUUGGCCACCUUGCUGGCGCAAGGGGCCGCGGAGAGUGCGACGGCUUCGACGUGCGCAGUGGAGAGCUACAAACCGAUGGCCACCGACCUGGUGGCAGCGGUAAAGUACGCGGACAAGCCGAUGAAAAUAUGCGAGAAGGGCAGCAGCGGCCCGAUCGCGAGAGGAACAGAUAAGGUGCAUAAUGCGAAUCAUCCGAUCAUGCUCGACAAGAUGAGCCAGGCUCCGUGUGCGUACAG